UGAAGUCGGUGCCGGGCUGCGCCGGGCUGGGUGGGCGCGGAGUGCGAGGAGUAUAUUGAUGACAUGUUCAGAUUUUGAAAGAUCAAGAUUACUACAGUCAUUGAGGUGUGACUUCACUUCUCUUCAGAAAGUGUACUUGGUUGGGAUGCUAUAAUACAGGAUUUAACUAGUGCUGAAGGACAUUCCACAUUUUCAGUGGCCAAGACAAAAAUUGCAAAAUCUGCAAGUAGCUCCAGAUAAGGUAAUACCUAACACUUCUCAUGGGCAGAGAUAAAGUUUAUAAUUUAAAUCCUGUUUUAUGAAUUUACGAUAAAGACAGAAGUAAUACAUUUAAAGAACCAGUGUACACAAUUUUGUAUCAUAAACCAAGACUUGUAGAACAUGUAUUGGCCUUGCAACAUUUUGCAGAAUGGAAUGUUGUGAAUAAAUUCUUCCUUAAGUCUGGCCAACACAAAUGUACUUUUAACAGUUGGUAGACGUGCAGCAUUUUAAAUUAAGGCAUGUUAACGUGGGCUGUUUUCCAAAAUGGUUAUCCUGGGAUCUGAGCACUGUUCCAAAUUUUUGUUCCAAACAUUCCUCCUGCAUAUUCAAAUGAAAUACUUAGUGAUGUAAUUGUUUGCCACACAAAUGUUAAUCUUCUGAAAUUCUGAUUUUUAUUCUAGUAUUUCUUUGUGUUACAUGGUCGUGGCAUGUACCACGAGACUUAGUUUCCUAGCUUUAAUAGAAGAGUUUUCAGAUUUUCUUUUUCCUGUUAAAAUUCCCAGUGUUUUUCUUAGGAAGAAUAAUAGCGUGGAUGGACUCUGUUAGUACAGACUUCUGAACGUAAGGAAACACUUCUUUUUUCUUGUGAGGGUGAGUUAGUACUGGUAUAGGUUUCCCAGAGAGGCUGUGUAAUCUCCAUCCUUGGAGAUACUCAAAUACAAUCUGGAGGUGGGCCUGGGCAGCCUGCUGUAGGUGACUAUGACUGAACAGGGGGUUGGACAAGAUGACCUCCAGAGGUCCCUUUUGACUUCAGCCGAUCUGUCAUUUUGUGAGUUGCAAUUUUGUAACUGCCUAGUAAACUCUUUAAAGCUCAUACCAAGCCUACAAUGAUAUGAGUUUAGAUCAGGUGUUAGAAUGGUAUUCCAGCCCAAUUUCUUAAGCUCUUGGAGCUCCUGUUGACUAUAUCAGGCAUUUUACUCUGGUAUCUAUUGGAGAGGUUGACUCUUCUUUCUUAGUGGCUAUGUCAGCCUAUGCACUGUGUACAUUCUGUGCACGUACAUAGUAUGGUUCCAUGCUAAUGGGAAAGGUUAUUUUAUCUAGUGUAGAAGAUUUUGUAACUUUAAAGCUCUGUAAGACCUUAUGUUAAACCAGAAGUGUUUAAAAUGCAAAUCUGUGUCUGAUUCCUCUGCUGGAUGAGUUUCAUGUUUAACCAACAUUUAUCUGCAUAGGCAUGGCAUAGCUGUGAGCAUCUCUCUGGUAUCUGUUUGAAGAGGACACUGUUGGGGGGCCCAGGUAUUUCUUUUAUAUUUUAUAGUUGUAGAGGUGUCCGGACUCUGUAAUGGUCAAAGAUUUCCAGUAGAAGAGGAUGAGACAAGAAUUAAAUGCAUGUGGCAGACUCCGGACCUAGGCACUUCAUGCUUUUGAUGCUAGCUGGAAGGGAGCUUGAUAAACACUUUUACCAACUUGUCAUAGAAAAAACAGAUAUCUUGCAUAUUACUUUGGCCAAUCAAGGAGACAAGUAGUAUUUUCUUCUGAAAAACUCAAAGUAAAUGUAAAAUGUCUGGAAAAACAGCAAUUAGGAGGAUUUGUGGGUGUGUACUUUCAAACAGAAUUUGUACAGAGAGAGAAUUCUGAAUAUGGCUUGAUUUGCUCUUGAUCUUGGCAGUGUUUCUAAUGACUGUCCCAUGGACUCUAUCGAGGGUUCUACUCUAGCACUGAGAAGCAGAACCCUGAGCAGCAGCCUAGUACCUGUGAAAACAUUUCUUCAUCAUUCUGUUUAAAAGAGGAAAAGAAAAUGAGUGAUUAUUCAGGACUUGCAAAUAACCAUAGCCAGAUGAUUGCUGAAGAUUCAGAAAUUCAGACAAAGCCUGAACACUCUCAUGAAGUUCUUCAGGAAGACAUUGAAAUGAGCAGUGGAUCCAGUGGAAAUGACUUCAGUGGAAAUGACACAAAUGAAAACUACUCAAGUGGGCAGGAUUCUCAUGGCCAUGAAUCUGAUGAAAAUGGCAAAGAUUCAGCAAUGCUCAUGGAAUCUUCAGACUGUCAGAAAAGUUCAAGCUCAAAUGCAUUUAGUCUGAUAAUUGCAAACUCUGAACACAAUCAAUCUAGCAGUGGAUGCAGUAGUGAGCAGUCCACUAAAGCCAAAACACAAAAGGAAUUGCUGAAAACGUUACAAGAGCUGAAAGCUCACCUUCCUUCUGAAAAGAGAAUUAAAGGCAAAUCUAGUGUCCUAACAACGUUGAAAUAUGCCCUUAAAAGCAUUAAGCAAGUUAAAGCUAAUGAAGAAUAUUACCAAUUGUUGAUGAUUAAUGAAUCCCAGCCUGCUGGACUCAAUGUGUCAUCUUACACGGUGGAAGAAGUUGAGACUAUAACCUCAGAACACAUCAUGAAAAAUGCAGAUAUGUUUGCUGUUGCUGUUUCCUUGAUUACUGGGAAAAUUUUGUACAUCUCUGAUCAAGCUGCUUCUAUUCUCCGCUGUAAGAGGGGUUGUUUUAAAAAUGCCAAAUUUGUGGAAUUCUUGGCACCUCAGGAUGUCAGUGUGUUCUACACUUCUACUACCCCGUACAGAUUACCCUCAUGGAAUAUUUGCAACAGAGCUGAGUCUUCCACCCAGGAUUGCAUGGAAGAGAAGUCUUUUUUCUGUCGCAUCAGUGCGGGGAAGGAACGUGAAAAUGAGAUUUGCUAUCUCCCAUUUCGGAUGACUCCUUACCUGAUCAAAGUGCAAGACCCGGAAAUAGCAGAGGACCAGCUGUGCUGUGUGUUGCUCGCAGAAAAAGUACAUUCUGGUUAUGAAGCACCCAGAAUUCCUCCUGACAAAAGAAUUUUUACAACUACUCACACACCAACCUGUUUGUUUCAGGAUGUAGAUGAAAGAGCAGUACCUCUGUUGGGAUACCUACCUCAGGACUUAAUAGGAACACCAGUCUUGGUGCAUCUUCACCCAAAUGACAGACCCUUAAUGCUAGCAAUUCACAAAAAAAUACUCCAGUACGGAGGGCAGCCUUUUGACUAUUCACCAAUCAGGUUUUGCACUAGGAAUGGAGAUUAUAUCACCAUGGACACUAGCUGGUCCAGUUUCAUCAACCCCUGGAGUCGGAAAGUUUCAUUUAUUAUAGGACGACACAAAGUUAGGACGGGUCCCUUAAAUGAAGAUGUCUUUGCUGCUCCCAGCUAUACAGAGGAUAGAAUCCUUCAUCCCAGUGUUCAGGAAAUCACUGAGCAAAUAUACCGGCUAUUAUUGCAGCCUGUACACAACAGUGGAUCCAGUGGCUAUGGAAGUCUUGGCAGCAAUGGUUCCCAUGAGCACUUAAUGAGUGUGGCAUCUUCCAGUGACAGCACAGGAAAUAAUAAUGAAGACACUCAUAAGGACAAACCAGAGGUUAGACAAGAUGCCCGUAAGGUCAAAAAUAAAGGACAGCGUAUUUUCACUGACAAUAAAGCAAAACUGGAAUGCAAGAGAGAGUCUUUUGCAGGAAAACAAAAUGGUGGUCAGAUGAAAGAUGCAGUUGGAAAGGAUACUGCACUAACAGCUGCUCCUAAAAAUGUGACUACAGAAGAGUUAGCUUGGAAAGAACAAACUGUAUAUUCAUAUCAACAGAUUAGCUGUUUGGAUAGUGUCAUCAGGUACUUGGAGAGUUGUAAUGUGCCUGGUACAGCAAAAAGGAAAUGUGAACCUUCAUCAAGUGUUGCAUCACUGACUUCUGGAGUUCAUGAACAAAAAACAGCUGAUAAUGCUAUACAGCCCUUGGGAGAUACCGCUGUGUUGAAGGCAUCUGGUAAACCAAAUGGUCCUCCAGUGGUUGGUGCCCACUUAACAUCUUUGGCUCUACCUGGCAAGCCUGAAAGUGUUGUUUCUCUCACGAGUCAGUGCAGCUACAGUAGCACCAUUGUUCAUGUUGGAGACAAAAAAACACAACCUGAACUAGAAAUGAUAGAAGAUGGUCCAAGUGGAGCAGAACUCUUAGAUGGCCAAAUUCUCACCCCUCCAUCCAGCUCUUCGCAUGUAAAUCAAGAAAAGGAGCCAUUUAAAAAACUGGGACUUACGAAGGAAGUCCUUGCAGUGCAUACACAAAAAGAGGAGCAGAGCUUUUUGAAUAAGUUUAAAGAAAUCAAGAGAUUUAAUAUUUUUCAGUCUCACUGCAAUUACUACUUACAAGAUAAACCAAAAGGACGGCCUGCUGAACGUGGUGGUCGUGGACAAAGAAAUAGCACUUCUGGAGUGGAUCAGCCUUGGAAGAAAAGUGGAAAGAACAGGAAGUCAAAGCGCAUUAAACCACAGGAGUCUUCGGACAGUACAACUUCUGGAACUAAAUUCCCUCACCGAGUCCCCCUUCAAGGUUUAAACACUACUGCUUGGUCACCCUCAGAGACUUCACAAGCAAGUUAUUCAGCAAUGUCUUUUCCCACUGUUAUGCCUGCAUAUCCACUUCCUGUUUUUCCAGCAGCAGGGACUGUGCCACCAGCUCCUGAGACUUCACUCUCUGGUUUUAAUCAGUUGCCAGACUCUGGAAAUACUUGCCCUGUGCAACCAUCACAGUUCCCUGCACCCCUCAUGACACCUGUCGUAGCUCUUGUGCUCCCCAACUAUGUCUACCCAGAGAUGAACAAUAACUUACCUCAAACGCUUUACCACAGCCAACCCAACUUCCCAGCCCAUUCUACUUUCCCUUCACAGACAAUAUUUCCGACACAGCCACCCUUUGCUACACCCAGCCCUUUCCCACAACAGGCGUUUUUUCCAACGCAGCCAUUCCAUUAUAAUCCACCAGCAGAGAGUGAGAAGAUUCCUGUCACAGAGCCACGAAAUGAGCCGUCCCGUUCCUGCACUCCGCAGUCAGUGGGUCCUCAAGACCAGGCUUCACCGCCUCUGUUCCAGUCAAGGUGCAGUUCUCCUCUGAAUCUUCUGCAGUUAGAAGAAACCACAAAAACUGCUGAGAGUGGAGCUCCUGCUGGUUUACAUGGAGCUUUAAGUGAGGAAGGAGCCAUAGGCAAAAUCAUGACAACUGGUAACUGUACUGGAAAAGGAUCCUUACCAGCUGAAUCUCCAAUGGACGCUCAGAACAGCGACGCUCUCUCCAUGUCUAGUGUCCUGCUGGACAUUUUACUUCAAGAGGACGCGUGUUCAGGCACGGGCUCAGCCUCCUCCGGGAGCGGUGUGUCCGCUGCCGCCGAGUCCCUGGGCUCGGGAUCCAACGGCUGUGGCAUGUCAGGGAGCAGAACAGGUAGUAGCGAAACUAGUCAUACCAGCAAAUACUUUGGAAGUAUUGAUUCCUCAGAAAAUCAUCAUAAAACUAAAAUGAAGGCAGAAAUGGAAGAAAGUGAGCACUUCAUUAAAUACGUCCUUCAGGAUCCUAUAUGGCUUUUGAUGGCAAACACAGAUGACACUGUUAUGAUGACUUACCAGAUACCUUCACGUGAUUUGGAAACAGUUUUAAAAGAAGAUAAGCAGAAAUUAAAGCAAAUGCAGAAACUACAGCCAAAAUUUACAGAAGAACAAAAGAGAGAGCUUAUUGAAGUUCAUCCAUGGAUCCAGCAAGGUGGACUGCCAAAAACUGUUGCUACUUCUGAAUGUAUUUUUUGUGAGGACAAUAUACAGAGCAAUUUUUAUACAUCGUAUGAUGAAGAAAUCCAUGAAAUGGACCUUAAUGAAAUGAUUGAAGACAGUGGGGAAAACAACUUGGUUUCCUUGAGUCAAGUCAGUGAAGAACAAACAUAGCCUUUGAGCCUGGUGUUUUCAAAGCUGCUUCAAAACUGCAGUGAUGAUCCAUAAAGUUUUUAAUCUUGUAUCCAGCAAGAUUAAUCUGGUUCAUAAAAACAAAUGUGUUUUUCUUGCUCUAGGAGAGUCAUUUCUGAAUGAAUCUCUUUUUAAAUGGUGGCACUCUUCCCAGUAAGGACAUUGUUGAAGAUGGUAUAGCUUUUCCUUGAAAAAGAGACUUGUAUUUUGCACUUAUAUGCCUCAAAUAUUUCUUUAUGAACUAAAGACACUCUUAUUGAUGCCUACUGUUUUUUGUAGAGUGGGUUAAUGAGUACUGAAAAUCCCUUUACAUACAUACGGUUCUUCAAAUCUUUUGGUAAUGAUUCAGCAUUAUAAAUUGUUCUGGCAACUUUGCUUAGUGGCUUCUCAGCAUUGUUCUUAAUAUUUGAAGUGGUCCAGCAGUAGAAGAAAUAACCUUCAAGCAAAUAAUUUCACACUUGCCCUUCUCAUAUACCAGUUGAUUCCAUCCUCUUUGUUUUCUAUAGUUUUGAAUGUUGGAGCCAUUUUUGUCUCAAGAAAUGUUGAACCAGUUUUAUAAGAUGGUCCUGGGUUAAAAUACUUACAUGAAUGUGUAAGGAAGUAUAGACAAGUGCUAACAACUUCGUAGCCUUUUAAUUAAAUGGAUGCUAAAUACUAUGAACUGUUACCUUGAAGCAUCAUUUUUAAAACCAAGACCACAGAGGAUGACUGUGUGUGCUCCAGUGACUGUUAGACAAAGUUUGGUAUAACUUCAACCUUUAUUUCCAAUAUAUUUUGUCUGGAGGUUGGCUGUCAGCUUUUCCUGUGUGGCUAAGGAAAUAUCACACUUGCAUGUGGCAAGAGAGAAUUGGACAUUUCUUGUCAUUUGAAGGUAGUUCUAAAAAAGAAGUGAUUUUGAGAAUAGUGCUGACUUUCUCUCUGUUUGAAUUGCAUAGCCUAAAACCUAGUGUGGCUGGAGUCUUUGCUGUCAAUGAUUCAAUUUCAAUGCCUCUGAGAUUCUAUUGACUUGAAUAUGUGUACUUUAUGUUCUUGUGCUGUUUAUACCUUUUGGAUGUGGGAAGAAAACACAAAAGAGCAACUUUUAUAUCUUGGUUAGUUAAAAGACAUUUGCAGGAUUGCUAGAUGUCAGCUCUAAGUCUUGGGGUGAAAAACAUGGAGAAAUGCAAUUAACUUUGUCUUAAAAUACUUUUCAUGGAAAGCAUUUCCUUUUUUAUUAGGAUAUCUUUUCUAUUCAGUGAAAUUCAAGGUUAUUUUCAUUCUAUAAAAAUAUUUCUCUUUGCAUACAAAGAGGAUGCAAAGUUAUAUCUGACAUCACCAAAAAUGCCAAAGUGACUGGUACUUAGUGGGAGAUAAUUUGUGUGAAAUAACUUAUUAAUUGACAGUGUCAGGAGGAAAUCUGAUUUAGAGACAGAAUCUGCAGAUAGCAGAGUGUGAACUUGUGAAACAAGUAGAAUCACAGUUUGAAAAAUUAGUAACUCAAAUGCAAAGCACUAUUCUGCAAGAUCUGGUUCCUAACUUUAAUAGUUUAGCAAGGUCAAACUUAAAUAUAUGUAAAUAUAAACAAAAUGAGAAAUUAUAAAAUUUGGUCUUCAGGUCCGGUAUUACUAAAUGUUUUCAUCAUAAAUGGAGCAGUGCAGCUAUACCAACAUAGUACAUAUGUUCUAUUUUUACAUGUAAACACAGUUUUAAUUGGACCAGGGUUUGGAAAAAAGCUUUAUAUAAAGGAGUGCAUCAUAAUUAUACAAAUUAUUUUCAGGGACUUCUCAACCACUUUGAACUUCUUUGCUUUAGCACGCAUUUUUUUCCUGUUUUUUUAUUCUCAUUUUUUCUUUUUUUUUUCAUUACCAUCUUGUAACCAUAACUUAGUGAAAGGAAGAGAAAAGUAUAUUUAGAGCAUUUUGUGGAUGUGCUUAAUUAUGGACUUAAUCUUGCAUCCUUAAAGUGUUUGCUUUUACAGGGUGGUAUUAAAAUAUUUUCCUGUAACUUUAAAUCUACAUGCCUCCAUUUAUAGAUAAGAUUCUGAAGCUGUAAUUUUUCCAAACUGUUGUAAGAUGACUUAUUUGUGAUGACAAUUUGUCAACAUGUCAACGUUUUCUGUACACUGUGCAAUAUAUUUUGGUUUUGCCACUUGUGACUAAUUUUUAUGACUUUGCUUUUUAGAAAACUGGUAAAUAAAACAGAUAUAUUUUUA